AUGUCGACCUUUAAUUCUAAAAGAAUAAAUUUCAUAAUAUUAAUUAUAGUAUAUUUAAUAUGUAUUUUAUUACCAUCUUUUCCAGUAUUGGUUUAUACAAUUGAAGAAGAAACGCCAAAAGAACAAAAAUUUAGACAUGACUAUAAGUUUACCUUUAAAAAACCAUACUAUUAUAACAACACUGUACCAUUUUUUGAUACUUAUGGACCAGAUGCAUUACUCGCACCAGAUUUUAUUCGAUUGGCGCCCAGUGUUCCAAAACAUUCUGGAUCAAUAUGGUCGCAAUAUGCGAAUACGUAUAAGGAUUGGAUGAUAGAAUUAUCGUUUAGAAUUAGUGGGAAUUAUUUUUUGGGAGGUAGAGGAAUGGCAUUUUGGUAUACGAAAGAUCGAGGGCAAGAAGGCCCGGUGUUUGGAAGUAAAGAUCAAUGGAAUGGAUUAGGAAUUAUGUUUGAGACAGCAGAUGUUAAAAAAAAGCGAGAAAAAUCAAUUGUAAUGGGACAUAUUAAUGAUGGAAUUGUAUUGUACAAUAAUCUUACUAAUCCUGCAGCAAAGUCAAUUGGCGGAUGUUAUAGAUUAUUUCGAAAUACACAAACACCAAUAUUUGUUAAAAUCUAUUAUUUUGACAAUAAUCUUAAGGUGUAUGUAGAUAUUAAAGAUGACGGGAAAAAGGAACCUCAACUAUGUUUUGAAGCAAAAAAUAUUCAAUUACCUUUAGGAAAUUAUUUUGGUGUAUCUGCACUGGCCGAUGGCGACACGCCAGAUGAUCAUGAUGUACUAUCUAUGGAAACAUUUGAAAUAAAUCCGCCUGAAAAGGCACCGCGUAUUGAAGAGGUGAAGAAAAUGGUAGUAAAUCCAACAGAAGGCUCCAAAGAAGAAGAUAUUAGAAGUUUAGCUUUCAUUAGAGGGAUGCAAACAAAAAUACUUGAAUCACUUGAUAGAUUACACGAAUUAAUAAAAAGAAUUGAAUCAAAUUUAGAUUAUAUAGAAUCUAGAAUUUCAAAAAUAACAAUUGUCUCUUACGAACAGUCUAUCAAAGAAAUAAAAGAUGAUUUAAAACGUAUUUCAAGCAAAAUUGAAGCAAUGGAUUCACGUAUCGCAGGACAGUUUUAUCAGACACAAAAAUCAUUUCAAGAAGCUAACAAAUCAAAAAGCAAUGAAAAAUCAUCUGUUUGGUCAUAUAUUACAUAUUUCACAUUAUUCAUAAUAAUUGUAGUUGGUGGAUAUGCUUUAUGGAGAACAAAAGCUGAAUUAGAUCAGAAAAAAUUCAUUUAA